CUCAAUAGGCGGCGCUUUUACUUGACAGCGAAUCGUCACUACAGAAGCUUUUGGCGCUAAUGGUAUAAUGUCCUAAAAGGACAGUGAAAAGAAUACAGAUGUAGUGACAAAAAAAUCAUCCUUUUAAUCAAAUUUCUACAAGUGACGAGUGUUUUGAAAUCCUACAAUGAACAUUUGACGUGAGACAAUAGAACGAGGAAACUGUGCAGAGUCGACGCAAACGGACGGAAAGAUGAGUCGACGAGAGAGCGAUGGAGCAAGCCCCAUGGGCUCCCUGACCUCCAUGUCGGCAAGCCCGAGCCCCAGGGACAGUCCUGGCCCGAUGUCCCCGGGCGGGUUUGCUGGCGGGAAGAAGGGAGGUGGUGGAGGGAUACAGAUGCAGAUCCAACAGCUACAAAAUGAGCAGGAGAGGGUUCAGAAGAAGACUUUCACCAACUGGAUGAACUCAUACCUGAGACAGCGGACACCUCCAAUGAAGGUGGAAAACCUAUUUGAAGACAUCAAGGAUGGUGUGGUCCUGCUGUCACUGCUGGAGGUCCUCUCCGGUGAUAAACUGCCCAUGGAGAGGGGAAAGCUGAAGAGGGUUCACUAUGUUAGCAAUUUAUCGACAGCCCUGAAAUUUCUUGAAAGUAAAAAGAUUAAGCUAGUGAACAUCAAUGUGUCAGACAUUGCAGACGGCAAGGCCUCCAUUGUGCUCGGCCUCAUCUGGACCAUCAUCCUCUACUUCCAGAUUGAGGAAGUGAUGGUUCCCCAGCAGGGAGACUCAACGGAAGCACGCCCCCUGUCCGCCCUUGACAAAUUCCGCAUGAAUGCCAAGAAGGCCCUCUUGGCAUGGACAGAAAACGCUAUCACAAAACGAUAUGGUAUAACAGUCAAGGACUUUGGCAAGAGUUGGAGGGACGGACUUGCGUUUAACGCUAUAGUUCACACGAUACGUCCUGACCUGGUCGACAUGGACCAAGUUAAGAAACAGAGUGCUCGUGUGAACCUGGAGAGUGCUUUCUCCACCGCCGAACAGCACCUUGGUAUUGCCCGGCUGCUUGACCCUGAAGAUGUUGAUGUGGCAAAGCCAGAUGAGAAAUCUGUGAUGACGUACGUUGCUCAAUUCUUAAAGGCCUACCCUGAGGCUGGAGAGGACCCUUCUUUACGAAAGAAGAUGAAGACUCCAGCUGAGCAGGAAAUGGCCGACUACCAGGAACUGUUGAACUGGUGUAAAACUGAAGCCGAAGAGGUUCUACAGAUAGUGGAACAACCUGUCACUGACCUACAUCAGGAAUACAUGGAUUAUUUAGCGUUUAAAACAGAAGUGGACCGCAGAGGGAAUAUAUAUAACAAACUAGAAGAAAAAAUAAAGACAGGCAAAGCUGUGAAAAUUACCCCAGAAAUAUUCAAAAACCUUGAAGAAGUUUGGAAGAAAGUUGUCCGCCAGACACGCCUCUGGUUGUGGAAACUUGAUGCAAGUUUGCCGGGGAAACUUGGGAAGUUUGGUGAUUGGUUGAACCAAGCAGAGGAGAUUCUGGAGCAGGAAGAGGAACUUUUGGAAAUUCCCGAGGAAAUGGCUGCUCAACUAGGAAAUAUAUUACAGGAACAUAAGAAAUUCUUCAAGGACCUGGAGCCGCAAAAGACGUUUUUCAUGCAGGUGAAGAGGGCAGGUCGCUACGAGGGUGUAUCUAUCCCCGCCCCACAGAUGGACAACCUGUACCAGCGAAUCCAGACUGUUGCCACGAUGGCACCACACCGGGAACGACGUCUCGAGUAUGAGGAGAUGAAGUACCAGCUGCUCGCGUACCUAGUUGCCUCAGAGAACAAGCUAAAGAUAUGGACAGUGAAAUACGGCCACCAGGAAUCCGUGGAGAAUCUACUAGAAGACUACAGGGACUUUGUACAAAAUGGAAACCUAUUCAAGAACUAUGACAAAACUUAUGAGACAUGCAGACGUAAUGCCGAUGCAUACAGAAAAGCCAAGAUUGACAAAGCUGAAGUAGAGAAGAUGAACACUUACUUUGAUGAAGUCAAUGGAAGGUGGAAGAAGGUCUCCGUGGAGAUAAAGAGUGUUCAGUCAAUGCUGGAAGAAGUUAUUGAGUGUUGGCGGAGGUACAACGCCUGCAUGGAUGUGCUCACUGUGUGGCUGAAUGAUGGCGAGAGAAUAAUGUCAAGGUCACCAGAAGAGAAACAGCAAUUUUUUGCUGACCUGGCCCAGUUUGAAGAGAAACACAAGAUCCUGAAUGAGUCUGGCAACUUCCUCAUAGAGACCACCGAGGAACCUGUUGCCUCGGAGAUCAAACAGAAUCUCCUCAUGAUCAACAGAAGGUUCAAGGACCUGGUUGAUCAGUUCCAGCACUUCAAGCAGGUAGAGGUCGUGGGUAAGGCCCGCAAAGAGUACAAUGAAGGGCUCCUUCGUAUAACCCAAUGGCUCAAAGAUGCGGAGGACCUCAUCACCCGAGAGGUCCCUGCCAAUCAUAACGCCCUCAGAGAUUACCUCAAUGAGAUUGAAACAUUUGGUGCUCAAAUCCCUUCCAUUGAGAAUGACUUCAAGAUCACGACAAAGACAGCCCAAUCUCUUGUCAAAGAGAGCUCACAGGAUGUUGUCACGGAGAUGCUUCAGUCACUCAACAUCCAGAAGGAGGUGCUUGUAAAACUACGGAAAGAAAUCCCUGAGAAAUCCAAGCAGUUGAAGGCAAUGUUGCCAAACGUUGAAUCGCUGGAGACAGGGUUGAUAGACCUGAACAAAUGGCUGGAGAAAGGCGAGGUCUUGCUGGCGUCACACAAGCUGGACGGCUCACAGGAGGAGACAGAACAGAGACUCGAGAAACACAAGGCGUUUUUCUCUGAAAUCACAUACCAGAAAUCCAUUGUUGAAAGUAAGAACAAAGUGUACCAGAAAGUCAACACAUCGAAACCAAAACUGAAGAACGUGGACUUCUCGGUGAUAGACAUUCCAGUUGAAGAAAUGAAUCGGAAGUUCCAGAGCUGCGUAUCAAAAGCAAAAGACUGGGAGAAGAAGCUUGAUAAUCUCUCUCGAUUAUGGCGUAUACUGAAUCAGAAGCAGCACACGGUCGAAGCAUGGCUCGAUCAGGCUCAGACUGCGUUAGAAGACACUGAAGAUGACUAUGAAAGCCUCAUACGUAAACACAAGCAGUUCUUUGUCCGUGUAGAUGAUCGCAUGCUUAAGGAAUACCUUACUGCAUGCAAGGAUGUCCUAGUAGUCCUAGAAGAGGAGGAUCGUCCAGCACUGACAGAAUCUAUGGAGAAUAUCCAGCAGCGUUGGGAGCAAAUCCAGGCUAUAGCGCCAAUCAAAUUGGUGAAGCUGGAGUUUGCCGUGCAAGAGGAGAAAUUCCUUGGGCUUGUGGAAAACGCAGAGAAAACUAUCAACCAGCAACAACAGAAGCUGGCGAGGCGGGAAAAUGUCAAGGAAACGCUUCAGAAACACAAGCAAAUGUUCCACCAAGGAGACUUUCAAAAGACGUGCAUCAAGUGCCUAGACACCAUGGACAGUCAGUCGAAGGACUUGUUACGACAUGAUGCUCGAGAUGACACACUACGUGACCAGUAUGACAAACAUCGUGAACGCUGGAACCGGCUUAAGGAAGCCAUUGAUGGCACUCUGCUCUCUCUUAAGCAGCUUCCUGAGAGAUGGAAGGAAUAUAAUGCCAAGCUGGGAGAGUUUGGAGCAUUCCUGGAGGGUCUGGAAGAUCUUCAAAAGCAGCUACAGAGAGAAGACUUGUCAAGUGAGGAGUACAAGGACUUACAGGCUCAGUUCCAGAGAGCCUUGAAGAACAUGAACAAGUUUGGAGAACAAUCAAAAUGGCUGAAGGAAAAUCUGGAAGAACUCCUGGUUGACUCUGAUGCCACAGACGCGAAGAAUGAGCGCAAGCGUCUUGAUGACAUGAUGAAACGCUUCAACCACCUAAUGCCUACCAUGGAUAAAACGUCGGAUAAGUCAGCGCUGUUCUCAAAGGCGUACGACUUCCGUGACAACCUGAACAAGCGGUCAAGCUGGCUGGACGAUGCUUUGAAACAAGCAGGUGACCAGCCUUUCAUUGAUGGACUGGAGGAUGCAAGAACAUGUCUUCAUGAACAUGAGAGCUUGAUGACGCGACUUGACACAGAAAGAUCAUCCAUAUUGGCCGAUAUUGAGGCCGGCAGACGUCUCCAGAAGGAGCGCAAUGCCCCAACAUUUAUUGCUCAAAAUAUACAUGAACUGGAGAACAAACUUAGAGAUACAGAGCAGCUAGCCAGAUCUAAGCACUCCAAACUCAAGCAAACGGUGUCUGACUGGGAGAAAUAUGAAAAUGAGAAGAGUGAGAUGGUGGCCUUCAUGAAGAAAGCCGAGGCGGAGCUGGAAAAACCGCCAUCAACAACCGGGCAGGAGCUGGCCAAGAAAGACUUCUCUUCUAAAAAGGAGUUGCAGCAGACCCUUAACAAACUGAAAGGCAGUCUGGCUGAGGUCCAAAAGCUAAAUGCUAUCCUGUGUGAGGGGGCUAGCCGAGAGAGGCGGGGUCCACUUAAGGGCGAGAUGACCGACAUUGACAAACGACUUGACAACGUAUCCGUUCGUCUGAAUGCCAAACUUGCUGACCUUGAGGCGACCAUCGCCAAGUGGACAGAGUAUUACAAGAGGCUAAACCACUUCUGUGACUGGUUGAAUGAGAAAGAGGAGAAAUUGAAUGACGUUCAUGAUAACAAGACGAGCACACCCGAGGAGAAACUUGAACAUGCAAAGGCUAUUUCUACAGAAGUAUAUGAAAACCAUAUCACAUUAGAAAAUCUGGAGAAGGAUGCCAAAGGACUUUCCCAGAAUUUCCGAUCUCGUGAAACAGCUGCCCUUAAAUCCAAAUUGGCAACCAUAAGACGCCAAUGGGAGGCCCUGUGUGCCCGAGCGAAGGACCACAGCUCAUCUCUGACAUCUAACGUGGCCCACUGGCAGAUGUACCAAAACCUGGCCCAGGACCUGAUGCCGUGGAUCAUGAAGGCAGAGAAAUACUGCGCCACAGAACUGCCCAAAUGUUCCAGUCUUGAGGAGGCGAAGGAGCUGUACGAUCUCCAUCAGGGAUUCCUGAGAGAGUGUGAGGAGAACAUUCCCAUAUUUGAGAAGAUGACGACAGAAGCUGGCUACAUUCUGGACCAGCCUAACAUGCAGCGUGAGCUAGAAUCUCUCCAGAGACGCUGGGGUGACGUUAUCUCAGCGUCUGAGGAGCGCAGCGUGCGGGUUGACAAGAUGCAGGGUGCCUGGGUCGCAUACAACCAGGAAGCAAACAACAUUGAGGAGAUCCUCGAGAAAUUUGAGCACCGCCUUGCCCAGGAGCCAAAUGUUAACUCAACUGACCCUCAGGUUCUAGAUCAUGAACUGGCCCUAUGCAAGACUCUCCAAGAAGAGAUCCGAAGUCAGCAGCCCCACUUAAAUGCCCUGCACCGGCAGUUUGAGCAGGUCCGACAACAUGCCACACCAGAAGGCGUGUCUGAUCUCAAGGCCAGACAGGACAAUGUCAAGGCUAAGUUUGACAAAGUCUCCGCUGAUGCUUCAGAGAGGCAGAACACACUUCAAGGUGCUCUCAGACAUAGGCAGAACUUCUAUGGUAGGCUUGGGGAGUUUGAGAAAUGGAUAAAAAAGGCACAGAGGAAGUUGGACACUGGGAGUGAGAUUUACUCGGAUGAGGUCGGUGAAACCAUGGCUAAACUUAAGGCUCUGAAGAAAGAAUGUGAUGAAAAUGAGCCUGCCUUUGAUCAGCUGUGUGCUGAGUUUAAGGAACUUGUGGCUCAUUGUAAUGAAGACGAGGCAGCUAUACUUAGGGACAGAUUUGACCGAGUUAUGGGUGGAUACACUAAAAUAGACGAUUUGUUGAAAAAUCGUGAUGAUUUGUGCCAAAAGUGGGACCAAUACCAAGGUUCUCACAAAGAUGCUCAAGCUAGACUUAAGACAUUAGGAGCUAAACUAGCCAACCCCAAUAUAAAGGAAGAAGAAGUUGCCAAAAUUAAUGCUGAGGUCCAAGGUAUCAGAAAAGAAAUGGGGAAGUGGGCAGAUCAGGCAGAAGAUCUUGAUGAACUAAUGGCAACCUCACAACUGACAAUCAAAGACCGCGCCACUCAAAGGACGUUACACUUUGGCUCAGAACUACAAGCCCUGGACUCCAUGUGUGAUUCAGUGUUGUUCAACUCCAAGCAGAAGCAGGAGCAUUUAGGAGAGCUAGCCCAGCUGUGGGAGGAGUUUGAAGCAAAGAGGGCAGACCUGGUGUCAAAACUGGGCGAUGUUGGGGAGAAGGUUGGAACAGCCUCUGCUGAACAGUCCAGUCUCCAGGGAGUCAAGGACCUGGUUAGGGAGAUUGAGGAUGCCAGGGAUGAUGUAUUUGCAUGUAAUCCCGAGUAUGAACAGUUGCGAGAGCUGGGAAGACAAAUCAUGCAGGCAGACCCCAGCAAGAGUUCCGCCAUUCAGAGUGGCCUCACCAAGGUGAACGAGUCCUGGGACGGGGUUCAGGCCCUUAUUGGGGACAAGCUCAACUACUACAGUGGUGUGGCCAACGCCUGGCAGCAGUAUAAUGAUCUAAAACAGGGCGUGGUGCGGACCCUUGAUGAUGUGACACCUCUCGUUGAAUCAGACAUUGUGUUUGCCACUCAGCCCGAAGUGAAGAAAGCCCUUGAUCAGCAUAAGAAUGCUGAGUUUGAGCUGCAUGCUAACCAGUCCCAACUUGACCAGAUGAACAACCGAGGGCUUCAACUGCUAGAGGACCUCAAACAUGUGCCAAACUUUGACCUUUCAGUCCUUGAAACUGACCUUGACAGUGUAAACCACCGCUGGGAGACAUCCAAUGCAGCCAUUGACGAGCACAAACAGAACCUUGAGGCCCAGCUCGUGUGCUGGGACCAGGUGCAGUCUGGGAAGGAGGAGUUGGAAUCCUGGGUUGGUGCCAUGGUUACCAAGCUCGAUGACAGUUUGAAAAACUUUGAUGAUGCUGUCACUGUUGAAUCCUGUCUCAUGAAAUUUAAGGAGGAGGCUCCUUACUUCCAAGAAGUACUUAAUGAUAUGAGCCAGAAAAUAAAUGAUCUCAAAGAAAUGAACCGUGAUGAAGACAUUCCACAGCUUGUUGCCGAGCAGCAGGCCAUACAAAAACAGUUUGACAAGGCCACAUCAUUGGCCAAUCAGCUUGAAGGAGUAAUGGCUAACUUCACUGAUGAGAGAUCUACCCUUCAAAAGGAGAUUGAGGCUGAAUCUGAGUGGCUAAACAAAAUGAAAGACAAAUUGGCGAAAUGUGAUGAUGUUUCUGGAACUGAUGAUGACAUUAUUAGAAGACUGAAAAACUGCAGAGAGCUUGAAGAAGAAAUGGCUAAACACAAGAAAAACAUAGCAGCUCUUGCAGAUAAAGCAGCAGCCAUGCAAGCCAAGUUUCCUUCUGCUGAAACAUCUAACCUUGCUAAGGAUGCAGCUGUGCUAAGUAAAAAGUUUGACUCUGUGUUGAAUCGGGGAGACAAGAUUGAGGAUUUGUUGGAGACCACGCUGGAACAGCACUGCCAGGACGCUGUACAACAGCAGCAGCGCUGGCUCAAUGCCGCCAUCGAGAAGAUCAAUUGGUGUGGGGAUAUUGCUGGCGAUAGAUAUAGUGUCGAGGCAAAACUGGCUACCAUUAAGGACCUGAUCAACAGUUCUGCUGAGGGUGAGCAAAAGAAGAACAUUGCAGCUGAGAAACUGGAGGCCCUGAAAGGCGUCUUGCCCAAGGGCAGAGCCUCAGAGCUGGAGAAACAGAAACGUCAGGCCGAACAAGACUGGCAGCAGAUGUGUAACGCCAUGCAGGACACACAAGUGAAGCUAGAGUCCUCCAUUGACCAAUGGACGGCCUAUGACAGGGAGUAUGAGACAUUAUCACAGUGGCUCAAGGACACAGAAUCACGAGUACGCAAUGAGGCAACCCUCAAACCUGACCUGCCCAGCAAAGUCAAACAGCUGGAACACUUCAAGGCCCUGGCUGAUGAUGUAAUAUCCCACCAGCCAGACUUUGAGACGGUAAAGGCUUCAGCCCAGGAUAUCAGUCGGUCCACUGGAGAUGGACGUACAGCAUCGUACGCUCAACAGCUGGUCUCCAGAUAUCAGACUCUUGCUGGAUCUGUAGAGGAGCAAGUGGAUAAAUGUGAGCAGAACAUAGUCGACCAUGAGAAUUACGUGCAGCGUUACCGGGACUGCCUGGAGUGGAUCGAGGCCCAGACUCAGGAUCUAGAAGACUGCUCGGAUAUGCCAAGUGAUAACGAGACACUUGACGCUAAGCUAACCACCAUGAGUACUUUAACAUCAACCACAGACUCAGGACUUGGCACAUUCAACUCCGCACUGGAGUCUGGAGAGCGACUUUACCCAAACACGUCUAACGAGGGUCGUGAGAGUAUCCGCAAAGAUCUCCGCACCCUGCGUGACAAGUGGGAAAACUACAAUGACAACCUUAAUGAAACUCAGAGGAAACUUAAUGCAUCACGCAUGCAGUGGUCUUCGUUUGAUGAGAACUUUGAGCAGCUGGAGAAAUGGGUGGCUGAAUCUGCCAAGCAGCUGAAGAACGAGGAAGCGGAACCAAAGAAUACUCUGCAGGAGAAGAAGGCUGCACUGCAGCACUACAGGACGAGAUGUCAGGAUAUCCUAGCCCACCAGACGAUAGUGGACAGUAUCAGUGACAAGGGCAGUGCCCUCGCCUCCACCAAGGCUAAGGCCAAACUCAACCAGCUCAACGACAAGUAUGGUGCCCUCCGACAGGCUGCAAAGGCUCAGGUGAAGAAGGCUGAAAGUGAGGUGGAUGAGCACCAGCGUCUCCAGGACGCUCACCAGCAAUGCCGGGACUGGAUGGCUGCCACCCGCGACAAGCUCGCCGUCUGUGCCGAGGCCAGUGGAGACAGGCAGGCUCUCCAGAACAGGCUAGAUAAAGUACAGGACCUUGUAAAAUCCAUGAGAGAGGGAGAGAGCAAGAUCAAGGCAGCCCACGUUCAGGGUGAGAAGACCAUACCCCAGACAGGGCCUCAAGGCCAGGUAGCGAUUCGGAGGGAUCUUGAGGGCCUCACUGAGGACUGGGAGGCCCUGGCAACACGCCUGGAUGACACCCAGGAGAACCUGGUACAUGCCUUGCAGGCACUCACGGCAUAUGAUGGGUCAUGUGACCAGCUGAAUAAGUGGCUACGAGAAUGUGAGGCGGCUGUGAAGGAUGUUGAACUUAAGCGAACCCUCGGUGACAAGCAGGGUCAGGUGGAGAAAUUGCGCAAGAUGCAGCAGGAAGUUAACACGAGACAGCGACACUUUGAUGAGCUGCAUGAUAUGGUCUCCCACAUGCAGGGGGCAGACACGAGACUGGUGAACUACAGCGCCCAGCUCAACACUAGAUAUGAGACACUGAAAACAAACCUAAGAGAUGCAAUCAACAGAUGGGAGGACUACGUCAGGGAGCACCAGAAUUAUGCCACCGGCUAUUCAGAAUGCUCAGAAUGGGUUGAGACACUUCUCCGUCGGCAGCAGGUUUGUGCUGACAUGGCUGGGGACCGUGCUGACGUGGAGGAUAGACUCACCAAGUUACAGGAACUUAAUGCAGAGAAGGAGCAGGGGGCAGCUCGUAUACACAACACAACUGAGAUUGGUGAGCGUCUCUACCCGAGCACUGCUGCAGAGGGAAGGGAGGUCAUCAGGCAGGAACUCAGGACACUGCGAGAGCAGUGGGAACAGGUAUGUGACCAGUUGUCAGAGACACAGCGUCGCCUCGAGUCGUGUGGUAUCCAGUGGAAGUCGUACGACGAGAGUUACGAGAACCUCCAGAAAUGGCUGCUCGAUACGGAGGUACAGCUGAAGGAGGAUACGGACAUGAAGGCAACUCUACCAGACAAGAAGGCUCAGCUACAGAACCAUAGGACAUUACAUCAAGACAUUAUGUCCCGACAACACGUCCUGGACAACCUGACAGAACGAGCAACCACACUAUCCCAGCAUUCUCAGAUUUCCAAGGUGAACAAGUUUGUGGACGAGGCCGUCACAAAGUACACAAAACUAUGUGGCCAGUCCAAGACAAUGUUGGAGAAGUUUGAAAUAGCAGUUAAAGAUCACCAGCAGUACCAGGAUGCUUACCAGGACUGUCAUGAUUGGCUGAACUCAGCACGAGACAAGGUGGAAGCCUGCGCAGACACAUCUGGUGAUAGGGUCUCCAUACAGAACAAGCUGGACAGGCUCAAGGAGUUUGCGAGCCAUGUUGGAGAUGGGGAGAAGAAGUUGCAUCUGACACAGGAGCAAUGCCAGAAGACGUCCCAGAACACAUCCUUGCCGGGAAGUGAGGUGCUACGUCGCGAGAUGGACCACCUACAGUCUGAAUGGCAGGACUACACUGCCAGAAUACACCAGGCUGAAGAGGACUUGGACCAUGCAAUGCUACAGUGGGGUGACUUUGAGACAAAGUUUGAUCACUGCUCCCACUGGCUCAAGAACAUGGAACAGCAGGUGAAAAACUACGAGCUCAAGUCCACACUGCCAGAGAAGAAGACUCAAGUAGAUAAAUUCAAGAAACAACGUGAGGAGAUCCUCACCCACCAGCCUGACUUUGACCGAUUCACGGAUGACGCCCAGAACCUGAUGCACACGAGUGCAGAUGUCCGUCUGUCCACCCAGGUCUCACAGCUGACCAAUCGCUAUCGAGGUCUGCUCACACUGAUUAAGGACCUGAUUGGAAAGUGGGACAAAUAUGUUCAGGAGCACCAGACAUUUGAUAACCGUUAUGGGGAGUUUAAGAGCUGGCUUGUUCAGGCGGAAGAAAAGCUAGAAUCGUGUCAGCAGCCUGCUGCGGACCAGGAUACAAUGGAAGAGAAGAAAGCUCUUAUACAGAUGAUGUUGGCAGAAAAAGAACAUGGCCUACAGAGACUAAACUCCUCGAUUGAAGCUGGAGAGAAGCUAUAUCCUGACACAGCUGCCGCCGGCAGAGAGACCAUAAGACAGAGUUUGCGACGAGCAAAGGAGGACUGGGAACGUCUUUUCAGCUCACUGAAUGACACCCAGCGUCGUGUAGACAACUUCCUUUUACAGUGGUCCUCCUACGCGGAGGGACAGGAUCAGCUACUGAGGUGGCUUGGUGACACUGAGGCGACACUGAGGGGAGACGUGGAGAUGAAGAGUACACUGCAAGAAAAGAGGAUGCAGCUUCAGAACCAGAGGUCGUUGCUUCAGGACAUUGGUUCCCACCAGCGUAUAGUUGACUCUGUGGUUGAGAAAGCCCAGGGCGUGCUGCAGAACACGUCCAACCCAGAGGUGGCCGACUUCAUCAAGGACAUCUCCUCCAGAUAUGAGAAUCUGGCACAACAGGCCAAGCACCAGAUAGGUCAGUCAGAGAUGAGCGUGCGUGACCACCAGGACCACCAUGACGCGGUACAGGCUGCGGUAGACUGGCUUACACUGAUGAAGGAUAGACUGUCCACCUGCUCAGACACUUCUGGGGACAGACACACAUUACAGAACAAGCUUGACAGGGUCAAGGAGUUGAUGAGCUCACUCCCCGAGGGUGAGGCGAAGGUUCGAAUGUGUGAGGAGUGUUCCGAGCGUGCCAUGGCGACCACAGGGAUCAAAGGUCGUCAGAUGAUCCAACAGGAGCUUGAUGUUCUCCGUCUCGACUGGGAGGACUACAGUGUGAAACUCGGGUCUCUCCAGGAUUCCCUGGACAAGGCUGUCCAUCACUGGGGUCAAUAUGAUGACCAGUAUGGCAUCAUCUCACAGUGGGUCAAGGACAUGGAACGAAGGGUCAAGGACUUCCCACUCAAAUCUACGCUUGAAGAGAAACAGGAGCAACUCAAAAGAUACCAGGGAAUGGAACGUGACAUACACGACUGGAACGAUGUUAUUGUUGUGUUUGCUCAAGUUGAAAAUGAGCUGAUGCAGGAGAUUCGUGCCCGCCAGCGCGAGGUGGACCAAUUCUCAGACGAGUCUCAGACACUCACACAACUGACUGGGGAAACGAGGGUUACAUCCUCUAUCUCCCAACUUACAGCACGCUAUCAGGCUGUACAACACGCUGUUAAGGACAUACUCAAGAAGUGUGAGGCGAAUGUAGCCGACCACAAACUCUACAAGGAAAAGUCACGUGACCUAGGGACAUGGCUGUCCAAGGCGAAGGACCGCUUUGCAGACAAUGCAGACACGUCAGGGACCAGACAGGAAAUAGAGGAGAGGCUUGAGAGAAUACAGGAGUUGAUUGCCGAAAGAGAUUCAGGAUUUGUCAAACUGAACCAAGCUAUAGAGGCUGGUGAGAAGCUCUACCCUAACACUGCCACGGACGGACGAGAGAAGGUGCGACAGGAGCUCAGACAGCACAAGCUCAACUGGGAAAGUCUGUUUGACGACCUUUCCUCUGCUCAACGUAAGCUAGAGGUGGUCCUCGUGGAGUAUACCACAUUCGACGACAGUUACGGCCAGGUGGAGCAGUGGCUACGCGAUGCAGAAAUGCAGCUGGAGGGAAGUAUACCACUCCGGUCCACGCUGGAGGAGAAGAAAUCCCAGCUUCAGAACUUCAAGGUGCUACACCAGGAUGUGCUUUCCUACCAGAGGGUCAUAGACUCUGUUGAUGAUAAGGCUCGCACCCUUGUGCAGAGCUCCAGCGACCCACAGCUCUCAAGUUUUGUUUCCCAGACUGGGGCAAGAUACUCCAAACUCUGCAGCUUGGCUAAGGAGCGAGUGCAGCAGUAUGAGAGCUUUGUUGCUGACCAUCAGCAGUACAAUGAUGCUUACAACCAAUGUAUUGAGUGGCUUAACAGUAUACGAGAAAAACUCUCCCUUUGUGCCGAUAUAGCCGGGGACAGGCACACUAUACAGAACAGACUGGACAAAAUACAGUCAAUUGAUAGGGAGAUACUGAAAAAAGAUAUCCUAGCAACCAAGAUGGAGGGUGAGCCAAAGGUGAAGAACAUUGUCGCCCUCGCCGAGAAAGUGCUUCCAAAUACUGCUCCACAGGGCAAGGACUGCAUCGUCCGCGAGACCGAGGCUCUCCGUGCCGACUGGGAGGCAUUUGUUACAGCUCUGCAGAAGACCAAGAAGGACCUAGAGAGUUGUAUGGACCAGUGGAAGGAGUUUGACUCAUGGUACGAACGCUGCUCCUCCUGGCUGAAGGAUGUUGAGCUCAAGGUCAAGGACACUGAGCUCAAGGCCACGCUCAAGGACAAACAGAACCAGCUAGACAGACUCCGUAAGCUGCAGGAAGAGCUUAACUCUCGUCAGGGGGAUAUUGACUCAUUGAGUGACUCAGCUCAAGACCUGGUCAGGAUCAGCACAGACACACGCGUGAUCAGUCAGUCAUCACAGCUCGCUACCAAGUACCAGACACUUAAAGUCAAUGUCAAGGAGUUAUGUCGGCGGUGGGAGCAGUAUGUACUGGACCACCAGGCUUACACAGGAUCGUUUGACCAGUGUAAAUCCUGGGUCGUAGCAAUGAGGAAGAAACUCGCCUCCCAGAGUGAUGUCAAGGGAGAUAAACGCUCUGUGCAGGAACGCAUUGAAAAACUCCAGGACCUGAUGGCAGACAAGGAAGAAGGCAUGCACAUGCUACAGAUAGCCCUCGACAACAUGCAGAUUGUCCUUCCAAACACAAAUGUGGCAGGAAGGGACAACAUGCGUCGCGAGAUGCAGACACUGCAGGCCGAGUAUGACGCCCUGUCAGCUGACCUGACAGAAACUCGUAGCAAGCUUGAUGGAACUUUGGAUCAGUGGACCGUGUAUGAUGCGAGUGUGGAACAGCUGCGGAGAUGGCUGAACGACCUUGAGAACCAGAUACACACAGAAACACAGCUACAGAACACUCUUCAGGAGAAGAAACUGCAGCUGGAAAGGGUUAAGGUGUUACAACUAAACAUCAACUCCCAACAGUCGACCAUAGAUAACCUGAAUGAGAAGGCCCAGAGUCUGCAACAAUCCAGCGCUACCGAGGCCAACCUUAACGGCCAGAUACGACAGAUCGUUGAGAAAUACAACAGAAUAGUUGAUAGUGCAAAGGAGCUACAGCAGGGUUGUGAGCGUUACCUUAAGAACCACCAGCAUUAUCGAGACUCAUACAUGGAUACCUCAGAGUGGCUCUCUACCACUGUAGACAAGAUGAAUGCCUGUAGCGACGUGCGUGGGGACAGGACUUCCAUCGAAGCACAGCUACAGAAACUAGUGGAUAUCCAAGGCACCCUGGAGACAGGUCGCCAAAAGCUUGAUGACACUCUGGCUCGUGGAGACGCUGUGUUGCCAGAGACAUCCAAUCAGGGACAAGAAUUGAUUCGCGAGGAGCUUAACAUGCUGACUAAUGAUUUUGAGCAGUUUGACACUGACAUCAAUGAACUACAAAAUAACCUAGAGAAGUUACGGGAUGAGUGGUACCAGUAUGAGGAGGAGUAUGAUCGUCUGACAAACUGGAUCAAGGACACAGAAGCGGAGAUGAAGUCUGAUGCGGAACUUAAGUCCACCCUGGAGGAGAAAAACAUGCAGCUUGAGAGACAGGAGAGCCUAUACGAGGAGGUGACCGGAAAGCAGACAGAGUUUGAUGGGCUCACUGAGCAUGCCCAGAUCCUCCUCCAAUCAACAACAGACAACCGUGUGACAUCACAGCUCACACAGAUGAGCUCCAGAUACACCUCACUCAUGUCCAUGUCCAAGGAGUUUCUGAAGCGUUUCCACCAGCAUGUGGAAGACCACCAGCAGUACGCAGAGACGUUCACAGAGGCCGUCACCUGGCUGCAGGGGGCGCGAGACAAGCUCUCAGUGUGCGCUGACACCUCCGGGGACAAGUACACCAUACAGUCACAGCUUGAAAAACUACAGGAGUUCUCGGUGAUGAAGGAGGAAGGUCAACUGUUGAUCCACACGGCCCAGUCCUGGGGGGAGAAGACCAUGACUAACACCUCCGUGGACGGCCGGGAGAUGAUCAGACAGGAGUUACAGCAACUUCAGCAGGAGUGGGACGUCAUGAUAGGUGAAGUAACAGACACUAAAGUGAUGCUGGAGUCGUGUUUGCUGCAAUGGACAGACUUCAAUGAUAGUUACGAGCAGAUCCAGCGCCGUCUCCGCGAGAUGGAGAAACGACUCAGGGGGUCCGACCCCAAGGUUGACCUCAGUGAGAAGAAGGCGGAACUACAGAGAAUUAAGGGCAUCUACCAGGAUGUGGUGUCAUUUGAGCAGAUGGUGGAGUCAGCGGGAAUGAAGGCGCAGGACCUCAUGCAGAAAUCCCCCGCCAGCAAGGCAUCCACAGAUACCUCACAGAUCAUCAACAAAUACCACACCAUCAAAGACCUUGCCAUGGAUAUGUUGGCAAAGGCGGAGAUGAACGUAGCCCAGCACACAGCAUACCAUGACGCGUGUAACAACUUUGUCUCCUGGUUACGAGUUCACAGGGAGAAACUAGCCACCUGCUCAGACACGUUCGGAGAGAAAUCUGCCAUCCAGGGCAAGAUUGAACGCGCUAGGGCUUUGGUUGAUGGCCUGAAUGAAGGUGUGCAGCGAUUGGACGAGGCAACCAAAUCAGGGGAGAGCACCCUGCCUAACACGUCCCCAACAGGACAGACAAAGAUCCGACAGGAAAUCAAGGCCAUGAACAAGGACUUUGAAGAAUUCAGGACGGAACUGAUGUCCGCUCAGGAGGACCUUGAUGAAUGCCUUACGAGGUGGACUGAAUUUGAGGAUGGCUACCUUCACUUCAACAACUGGCUGAAGGAAACAGAGACGUACCUGAGGUCCGAACUUGACUUUAAAACCACAUUGGAGGAGAAAAAACAACACUGGGAACAGUACCAGGGUUUUAGUGAGGAGAUCCAGUACAAGCAGGCUGAGCUAGACCAUGUUAACGAGAAAGCCCAGUCCCUGCUGCAGACCAAUGCUGAUGCUAAAACCUCCCACGCCAUUACCCAGCUGACCACCCGAUACCAGGGCGUGAUAGCCCUCUCCAAAGACAUUGUAAAGAACCUGGCUACCUAUUACAACAACCAUCUCCACUACCAUGAUGGUCACACAGCAUUCUGUAACUGGCUAGCCGAGACAAAACUCGGUCUACAGACAGCUCACAGGACUGCUGGCUCUAAGGAAGAUCUGGGAUCUAAGCUGGAUACUAUGGCUGCAAUGCAAGCUGCCAUGGAUCAAGGUCACGACCAUCUGAGGCAGGUUCUAGAAUGUUCUGAGCGAACAUUACCUAGCACCAACACCCGAGGUUGCCAAGUGAUACGCCACGAGUGCGAGAAUGCCAAGUCUGAAUAUGAGAACCUCCUAACAGACAUGUCCCAGGCUAAGAGAGGCCUGGAGUCUGCCCUUACCCAGUGGGGAGACUUUGAUAGAUCGUAUGAGCAGUUCCACAUCUGGCUUACGGCCAUGGAAGCAAAGAUUAAUUCCGAACCUGGCAUCAAGGCAGACCUACCUGAGAAGAGGUCAAGCUUAGAAAAAUACAAGGCAUUACAAGCAGACUGCCUAGCUCACAGAGAACUGUUAGAGAGACUUGAAGAAAAAGCCGCAAAUGUUAAUGAUGCCCACCCUCAGUCCCGAGUGCUUGACUUACGCUCCCGUUACUCCGCUGUCUCCACAGCAAUGAAGGAACUCAUGUCCCGUUUAGAGGGGCAGGUUGCAAGUCAUGAAGAGUACCGGAAGACAUACAUCGGCUGUCUAGACUGGAUGGCUAAUACCAGACACAGACUACAGAGACUCAGUGACUUCUCUGGAGAUAGGAGAACACUUCAGGAUAGGCUACAACAGCUUAAGGAUUUCAAGGGUGAGAUGCGUCAAGGCCAGGAUAUGGUCAACAAUGCCACCCAGCUGGGCGAGCGUGUCUGUAUGACAACUGCACCACGAGGCCAGGAUGCUAUACACAAGGAGCUACAGACACUCAAGGAUGACUGGGCAGCAUUCUCUGGUGCCGUCAAUGAGGUGGAAUCCAACCUUGAGGUGUGUAUCGGCAACUGGGUGGAGCUGGAUGAUACUCUGUCUGGCUUCACUCACUGGAUGGAAAAGAUGGAGCGCAAGCUGAAGGCUCUCAGUGAUAGCAAGUCAGACAGCUCCCGUAAGGAAUAUCUGUUCAGAGAGGCUGAAGAACUGCUUGCAGAAGUUGUAAACAGGAAGUCCGCUCUGGAGCUUGUCCGAGAGAAGGGUGAGGCUGUCGCCCAGAGAUCGACUGACCCGAGAUUGUCCAACAACAUGAUGCAGCUGGCCACCAGAUACCAGGCUCUCACAUCUGCUGCCAAGAACCUUGUAUCCCAGCUGAGUGAGAAUGCUCGAGACCAAGGGGAGUACAAUGCUGCGUUUGAUGCUGCAACCAAGUGGCUCUCGCUGAUGGCCGACCAGGUACAGGAUUGUAACGAUACUGCUGGCGACUGGCACACACUCGAGGAUAGAAUGGAUGCUAUUAAGAACAUCACAGCAAACAUGGAUGAAGGCCUACAAAAGGUGAACCGCGUAUGUGACUUGGCAGAGAGGAUCCUGCCAAACACAUCGUCUGAGGGCAAGCGCCUGAUAGAACAGCAGGUCACAGAACUGACCAACGAGUGGGAGAAACUCAACAUGUCCAUUACAGACUGUAACGCCAUGCUUGAGGGCGUGCAGGAGCGCUGGAAUGACUAUGAGGAGUACUAUGGCAGCCUCGUCAAGUGGCUGGCUGACACAGAAAACACUCUCGGCAUGGACCCGGAACCCAAGCCAUCCCUCGUCGAGAAGAAAACACAGCUAGACAAAUACAAGCUACUGAACAGUGACAUAGAGAACCACCAACGGAUGGUAAAUGAGCUCGCAGAGAGGGUGGCCAACCUGGAGGCUCUCAGCGCAAACCCUGACGUGACUGAGUCCCUGCAGGAUGUGCAGAACCGAUACGACCGUGUACGCGCACGUGGAAGGGAGUUGGUGAACAAACUAGACCGCUCAUACCAAGAGCAUCUUGGUUUCCAUGAGGCGCAGCAGGAGAGCGAGAAGUGGCUGCUACAGACCUCGUUCAGGCUUAUGAACCAUAACUCACUCAACUGCUCCACCAUGGAGCUCACCCAGAGACAGAUUGACAAACACAGGAUGUUGCUGAGUGAGAUCGAGGAAUAUCGCCUUGUACUAGACCGAGUUAACCUAAAGGGACGUCGUUUAAUCGACAACAACACAAGAACACCCCGCCUUGCAGAGCAACUGCAGGCUCAACUACAAAACCUGGAAGAGAGCUAUAUAAACCUACAGGCCACAGCGGAACAAAUUAGAGAUCGGCUGAACGACGUGUUGAAGCGAUGGCAGGAGUACCGCAGCCAUCUCGAGUCGACGGACCAUUUCCUGCGUGAUGAGUUCCCACACUGGCUCCAGGAUACUGAUGCUGAUGUCCCUGACAGCAAGAAUGAUGCACAGCGUAAGAUGGAAGGAGUCAAGGGUAUGAUGGAGCGGCUGGUGACCAUGGGCCAGGAGAUUGACAAUGCAGCCAGUCGCUGUCAGAACCUGGGCAGUGUGGAAAACCUCGACCAAUCAGAACUUCCAGAGAACACGCCUAUCUUCAAACUGUCGACUCAGGUCAACGCCUCACUACAACAGGCAUCUGGACAGGUGGAGAAGCGCCUUGCCGACCUGCGUGACAACAUGCAGCAGUGGGACUCUGUGGACAGAAUGCGUGUUGACCUGCGCGCCUGGCUCCAUGAUAUGCAGGAGGAGGUUGAUGAUUUGGAGAAACAGCCGUCCAAACUGCACGCUGAGGCAUGCGAAGUGGACAUCGGCAAACUACAAAGCAUCCGUGAGGAGGUGCAAGCCAGGGGUCCAGCUGUUGAGGGGCUGCUUGCUCGCUAUAGGGAGCUCACUCAGCACAAUCCUAACCUCCAGGACCCGAUUGUGAAGGCAGUGAAAGACGACUGGGAAGAAUUGUUGGGGCAGAUUGAGAAUCUUAUUGAUGAUCGGGAGCACGCCCUGCAGGCCGCACGUGACCUUCAGGCCCGUGAAAAUGAUAUGGACGAUGACCUCGAAAACUACAUAAAUGAGUUGGAGAAGAUCGAAUCAUCGAACGUUGGCACGGUUGACAAGGCUGCUAUGUUGAAGAACCUACAUGAUGACCUUGACAGUGUGGAACCCAAGAUGGAGGCCGUGCGUGUCCAGGCCAGCGAGGUCAGUCGCCGUGUCAACCCCCUCGACAGGGAACUUGUUGAGGAACAGCUCAAAAACUACAGAUCUUUUGGGAAAAAAGUAAAGUUCAAGUCAUCGAGAAAACGAGAGAAGAAGCUUGCAGAAGUUCGAGCCCGAAGUGAGCGACUUCAGAAAGGCUUCGAAGUCCUUGAACUUGACCUUGAAGAGAUCCACGGGAAAGUUGACCAGUAUCUGACCUGGCUGUGCAAGAAAGAGGAGCAGGUUCUCCUUAUCUUGCCCGCGGGCUACGAGGCCAAGCCCGCACUUGAAAACAUGCAUCAUAUCAAUGCGUUGUGUGCAGAGCUUGAAAACCGUCAGUUCACUCUUGAUACGGUCAAUAAGAAGGUGGAAACUGUCCUUCCCGAUCUCACACCCAAGGACCGAGAGGAGAUGGAAAACUCUGUCAAGAAACUAACGCUGGAACACGCCCGAGUGUACGAUGUUGCUGUGGAGAGGAGGAACGUUCUCUCCAAGGCAUUGAACGAUCGGGAGGUGUUCCAAACAGGUCUGGAGAGGGUCAACACGUGGAUCAGGGAGCGUGAAAACAAGCUUGCCCAGCUGGAGAAGCCCAGGCUUGCAUCUGCUGAUAUGGAGAAACAGAAUGAGAAAGCAAAGUCUUUGGAAAGAGUUUUAGGCAUGAAGAGCCUGCAGUUAGAAAUCGAGAAAUAUGAGCCGCAUAUUGACCAGGUGGAAUCAAGGGUCCAUGGUUUGCAGCCUGAAUGUAGCGAAGAACAGAACCAGGCACUCAACACUAUCGUCACAGAUUUACGUGAGAAGUACCUAGCCUUGAAGGAUCAUGGGAAGAAUGUGAAGGAUCAACUGGAGACGGGACUCGCGGCACGAAGAAUUAAUGAGGCAGACCUGCAGAAACUUGAACGCUGGUGCGUGGAAGCGGAAGUAAAGUGUAGCACAGAGCCCACCCUUGACUGCGCCACAGAACUGCUGGAGGAGCAAUAUAAUCAGUAUAAGGUUUUGGAUACGAGUGCGGAGAUGUUUGGUUCCCUGCUCAAUGAAAUAGAAGACCGGGCAAUAGCUUUCAGGCCGGGACUCAGCAAAGCUGAUGCCAGCACCCUGCAGCACACAACACAGGCUGCUUCGGAGAAAUUCAACAGGUUACGCAAGUUGAUCAAGAUUCGUGUGAAGGCAAUAGAUGAUGCCCUGCAGACACGCGAUGAGGUCGGGGACAGUAUCGAGGAGGCAAAAACCUUCCUGGACAAGGUACAUGCAGACCUAAAGGGCGUACCCAGGACCAUUGGACCAACUGCGGGUGACGCGGAGGAUAUACUCCGACAAUAUGAGGCUGUUGGAGAGAGUAUGGCCAACUUUCAACCUGCGAUCGCUCAGUUGAACCAGGCUGUGGAGAGGUUACGUCACCUGGGCCAGCUUAGUGAGGCAGAUGAGAUUCUCCGUAUCUCUGCACAGUACCAGAUGCUCUCUGACCAGAUCCGACAGCAGACUCACAAGUGUCAGCAGUCGGUGUCAGCCCGCCAGCAGCUGGAGGAUGAGAUGCGGGAUGUGGACAGUCUGGUCAAGGAAUGUGAAGAUAAAGCAGACUCUGUCAUCGGCCUCCAAGUUCCCGUCACUGAGAAGAUCGAGAAGCUCAAGGCUGUAUCAACAAGGCUUCAGUCAGCCAGCCCCGCCCUGUUCUCUCUUGGAGAUCGGGCCCAGAGGAUAGGCCUUGAGGGAACUGGCCCAGAUGCACAGGCUGUUAGCCUUAUGGUGGAUGACAUUAAGGCUCGUGUCGAUAACCUGAAGAAAAUUGCAGACAGGAAAGCCAAGCAGUGCGAAUCCAUACAGAGAAACAGGGAGGACUUUGAGAGUUUUGUGGAUGAGACAAUGAAUUGGCUGGAUGCCAAGGAGGAUGUGCUGGCCUCAUGUGCCGCCCUUGACCUUGACCCACAGAAGGUCAAAUCCAUGCUGCAGAAACACCAGGCACUGGCCCGAGAUGCCUUGGACAAGCUGGACACUAUGAAGCUGAAGGCGGAGGUGGAGCAGACACACUACGCCAGCAUUGAAGAGCCCAUCCCCGACCAGCUCACAGAGAAACUACAGCAGAUACACACACUUGAAGACAGCAUCAAGGGUGCGGUUGCUAAGAAGGAGCAAUACCUGACGGAGGCUGCAGCAGACCGCAUGCAGCUGGAGCUGUCCAUGAGGCAGAUAAGCGACUGGCUGAAUGGGGCUGAGGAGCUCCUGGACUCUGGAUACGAUGGCCUUGAUUAUGACACACUCAACGAUACCAUCAGUGAACACAAGGACUACUUUUCUGAGGCAAGUAUGUGCCAGGAUGAGAUGGAGCAGGUGAUGGAGCUAUCUGAGCGUCUGCUGCCGACCCUGGACAUGAAUGACACAACAACAUUGAGACAGUCCCUCAAGAAUACUGAGCAGAAACUGGCCAACGUGAUGGCUUCAUCCAACAGGCAACAGGCAGAGAUGGAGAAAAAGAUGCAGGACUGGAAUGAAUACCAGGAGCUGGUAAUGUCGUUGACCUCUGACCUUCACUUACUGGAGGAUGAUUGGGAGGCCCUGGAGGCUGUUCCAUUACACUCCCCAUCUGAUAUUAACGUCCAUCUCGAACAGACAAAGCAAUUCAUAGAGAAGGCAGAGAGCCUGCGUCCCACAAUCAACGAGGUGAAUGAACGUUCAAAUGAUCUUGACAAAGGGGCCUCAGAAAAGAGCAGGCACUUCAUCCAGGGCCUCCUUGCAGAGACGAACCAACGCUGGCAGAACCUUGUAUCCAAGACAGAGAACAAACAGAUGGCUCUGCAGGAUCUGGAGGUUCACUAUGAGGACUUUAGCACAUUGUUGUCCAGUGUUGACCAGAUACUGGACGAGGGGGAGGUCAAGAUGCCACGCCAACUGGACCUUGACACGGCCUCCUCACAGGACCUAGUGGAGCAGCAUGAACAUGCUCAGGAGCUUCAGGAGUUGCUUGAAGUAGCAGAGCCUAAAAUCACAGCUCUGAAGAAGUGUGCCCACCAGCUACAGAAGAACCUGCCCACUGCAGAGGCUAAGGUCCAGGCACAGGAUCUUGUUAUGGCCAUGCUGGAGAAAUAUGAAAGAUUGGGUGUAGGUGUAAAGGAGCAGGAGCAGGCCUUACAAGAGGAGCUAGAGGAUCGCGAGGGCUUCACCACAGAGGCCAAACAUACACUAGACUGGCUUGCCGACACACAUACACUGCUUGCAAACAUGACUUCAGAAGGAGGGGACUUACAGUCAGGAGAAAACAUACAGAAACUUAAGUUGGCAGAACAAGAGAUCUCAAUCCGCAUGGAACAGAUGCGUCACAUGGCACAGCUUCAUGAGACCAAGUUCAAGGCCGCAGGACGAGGUAUCCCACGUGAAUUACAGCAGCAGUAUGAACAACUGGUAACCCUUGAACAGGAAGUGAGUGUUGCCAUGGCAACCAAGGAAGAGGAACUGCUCCACCUGCAGGAGGACAGGGAGGAUUAUUCCAACACGCUAAAUAUAGUAACAACAUGGCUCACACAGGCUCUCAACCAAUUGGAGGAGAAGGUGGUGGACAUCCCGGAUGCUGUAAAUAGUCAUGAGGAGCUUGUGUCCGAGUUUGAACCAUUCAAACAGAAGUUAAACCAUCUCCGAACAAAAGGCAGCGAUCUAAUCAAGCACACCCCUGAUGCAACAGAGAAACACUUGAUUCAGAAAGCCCUAGCUGACACUAAUCGAUUGUGGUCAACCGUCCAGACGCGGGCCGGAGAGAAGACCAGGCAGUUACGUGAGGCAGAUCAUCUCAGUCGGGAGUUUGAAGAGACAUGCGCCUCGCUGGAGGCAUGGGUCGGUGAUGCAGAACAUCAGUUGGACUCCAAGUGCCCUGUGCUCAAUUUUGACAAGGUCCGGGAGCAACUCAGGCACGGAAAGACACUAGUGAAGUCUUGUGAGUCCCAGCAACGGAGAUUAACACACCUGAAUGCGCUCGUGAAACAAAUGGACACACUGUGUGAGACUGUUCCGCAGAUGGAGAAACUGGCCAAUCUCAGUCACCGCACAUACGAAGUCCGUUCCAAGGCUGGGGACCAGGUGAAUGACAUGGAAGAGGUUGAAGAGCAGAUUCGCGAGUUUGAGGUUGAGCUGGCAGAGAUCAAGCACUGGAUGGACAAAACCCGGGCCCAUCUCACACUCCGGGACGACAACCUUACACUAAAGGACCAGCUUCAUAUGCAGGAGAACCUGAUAGCUGACAUAGAGAGCCACCAGGGGAAGGCACUGUACGUGCUAGACAAGCAUGCACAGCUGCACGCGGCUGUGGGCGAGGAAUCCCGCCUCCACAACACCAACCUUGCUGCGGAAAUCAAUGCUCUACUGGACCAGGCGCACGCAGAUAGGGCAGAACUACGUGAGUCUGUCGCCCAGCAGACACAGUAUGAGGCAGAGUUACAGUCCUUGUCUUCCUCAAUGAAUGAGGCGAAUGCCAAGAUGAUUGGGUCGCCUAUACGGGCUAGCAGCGUUGACGACCUCAAGGCGCAGAUCACCGAUAGAAAUGUUCUUGCUCAGCAGAUAAAAGCAUGCCAGUCUAAAAUAAAUAACCUUUGCGAGAAAAGCCAUAAUCUAGCUGAGCGCAGUGCCGACCUCGGACCCCUCUGUGCCAGGAAGCUAUUUCAUACAGGGGAAAAGGAGACCAGGGUUAUAGACCUUGUGAACACUUUGAAUGCUCCUCUAGAGCCCUAUGUUCCACCAUUGACCUCUCCCAAGACCCCUUGCAGUCCAAGCCAUGCGAUAAAGGCCCACUAUGAGAACCCACUGAAGUUGUUCAAGGAUCUAGACAUGCAGCAUCAUGAAACUGAUAUUGAUCUUGAACCGAUUGACACAGACAAUGUUGACAACUUGUAUGACCAAUUGAUUAACAACAGUGGUAUCUCCAGGAAGAGUGACACCUCCUUUGGUUCUCUGCCUUCCAUCAGUCCAAGAAAACUGCCAUCUCAUUCCCCAGAGAAAGUGGAUGUGUCUGUCAAGGCAAAGAUGCUGUCAUCACCUUCUGUUUGCAAGACCAGCCCAGAAAUGAAGCACAAAUCCAGGUCAACACCAAAUGUGUCUAGGACCAUUCCUUCAGGAAAGUUCUCUAGACAUGAUCCUGAGGCGUAUACAAAGAUGCAGAAUGGGGAUGCUGGUCAGAUGGAAAAUGACAGCGGUGUCAACUUCUCAACGCCAACCUCUGGGCUCAGUCUGUGUGAAGUAAGAAGGCCAGUCUCCGAAAUGUCCUUACCUGUUAGUGAAACAAUUGACCUCUCUAUUGAUAUACCAAAGACUUACUCCUUACCUCCAAAGAGAACACAAAGCGAAGACAGAAGUAAGACGGAACAACCUAGAACUAAGUCAUUGAGAUCAUCAGGUGAUAAAGAUUCCUUGAACAGUUUUGAUGUAAUGAGUGUGAGGUCAGGCAGCACAGAUGAACCAAUGUCUAGUGUAACAAGGUCACAUGACUUUGACAGAGAGGAUACAGCCUCACUUUCAUCUCAGCCAAUCACAGCGAGUGAAUCCUCAUCUGUGUCAAAACAUAUUUACUCACCAAUGAAACGUGAUAGUACAGAUUCGCAGGAAUUACCCAAAGAUGUUCUAGACCUAAAAAGUCGAAAGGAAGAGGCACUCUCACCAUACAAACCAAAAUCAAAAUAUCUUGCUUCAAAGUUAGGAGACCAAAACCAACAUGUGGAUAAUGUUGAAAAGGAUUACUUUGACACAUUAGCAAAUGACUUUAACUCACCAUCAAACACUGAGCAGGAAAAACCAACAGCAGACAAAGAUAAACCUUGGAAGUUAAAAAACAGCACAGCUCCAUCCAGAGGUCCAUUGAAAGCAGACCACUCAUUUGGAACUGCCACAGAAUCAAGCUUUCCAGACAAGGAGCACAUGAAAACUCCCGAGGGGGAAAGUCGAAGGUCAUAUAUGCCAAGGACACCAUCCCCUCUGACGCUUCCACCCAUGUCAAACUCACACCAUGACCUCUCCCAUGGAGACAGGUCAAGGUCAUCUGAAGCAACAGAUCCGAGGUCAACUACUUCUGAAAGACUUAGAGGUCAUAGGUCAUUGUCACCAAAGCAUGUAACCAUAGAUUCAAAUGAAAGAAGACCAGGCCACAGUCAGGAAACUCAAGGAGCGAUGUCAAAGUCCAUGAAUGCUGCACAGAUGAGGUCUAUGGGUCCACGCUCUAACAAAGAUAAGCUUGCCAUGCCUAACAAGGGGACAUGGGAUCCGGAUUUGUCACGGAGUGUUCCCAGCUUGCUAGAUCCGCACCUACAAGGUCUUCACGACCGCAGCACUUCAUUUGGCUCAAGGUCACGGUUUGGAGGGUCAGGGUCAUUGCUUGGGUCACGAGCAGGGUCACGGAGUUCAAAGUUUGAUGACCUCAGCUCUUCAUGGCAAAACUUACAGAAACAGCUCGGCACAAAGGAGCGUGAGCUUCAGGUGGCACUGCAGCGCCAGGAGCGAUACCAGUCCACUGUGCAGGAUGUGACCGCCAGGAUGGAACGUGUGCAACAGAAACUGUCUGGCCUUGGAGCUUCCCCAUUUAAAAACCUGGAGCAACAGAUCACUGACCAAAAGGAUGCUGAGCAGGAGUUGGAGGCUCUACGCGAGGAUGUUGCCCGCGUAAAGGAGCGAGGCCGUCAAAUUAUGGAGUCUGCUGACCCCGAGGGUUACCAGGCGAUGAACGCCACCCUCGCCAUGCUCACAGACAAGAUAGAUAACCUGCAAGCUAUGGCAGACGACAAGGCUAAGAUACUACAGAAUGCGUUGAAGGGCAAGGAGCGGCAGAAGGUGGCAUUGGGGGCAUAUAAGAAGCAUGUUAAAGAGCUCGAGGAUUGGCUGGAGGAGAUGAAAGUGCGGCAGGCAGCCACGCCCCUCGCUACUGACAGUGUGGGCGCCCUUCAGUUGCAGUUACAGGAAAACAAGGACUUGCAAAAUGAGUUGAAUCGCCGACUACAGCAUGUAGCAGACCUAGCAUUACAGUGUGACAACUUGUGUGAACUAGAGACACCUGAUUCUGCUGACAAACUCCGUACCCAGCUGGCAACCCUCCAACAAAACAUGGGCAAUCUGAAACUGGGCACAAUCGAGAAACAAGCACCGCUACGCCAUGCUAUAAAAGAAAGCGAGAAGCGGACCCGGGAGAUGGAUGAUUAUGAGAAGAAUGUGAAGAGUCUCCAACAGUGGAUUAGUGACACAAAGAACAUGGCCCAGAGCUCUGGUGGUUCCGAGGAGACACUUGUGAUCUCCAUGACGCCUCGGGAGAAACAGGAAUUGCAGAAGCAACUCCAGUCUGACAUAUCCCAACAUCGUAGUCUGUUACACCAGUUGAGCACUGAGAUGAGUACACGUGAGGGUCCCCGAUCAUCAAGGGAGACCACCCUGCACCCCGUGUUCACUCCCCUGAGAGAGGAGGACAUACAGCCACGCUGGGAGACACUGGCACGAGAACUCGAGCUGAAGAAAGAAAACCUGGAUGAUCUCAUUAAGAAAUCCAGUGAUUUAAUUGGCCCUGCCAGGUACGGAAGACGAAGCCUGGUACCCGCAGAGAAGUCUCCACUUCUCACUGACGUGAGGCGCCACCUAGCUGCACUCAACGACCUCUGGAAACAACUUCAGGUCCAGGUUGAUGACAAACAGUUACGGCUGGACAAGGCACUUGAGUUUCAACAGCAGUACCAGGACGCACUGACGAAUGUGUCACGGUGGUUGGACGUCGCAGAGCAGAAACUGUUUGCCCCCGACUCCACAAUGAACUCCGAGGAGAAGGUCAAGGAGAAUGAGGACCUACAACGUGAGAUCCGGUCCCUGCAGGGUGAGAUUGCAUCAAUGGGUCGUGCGGCACAGGAGCUUCUGGCUGUCACGAGUGCAGACUCUCACGGGCUCAUCAGAGAGUCCCUCGACAACCUUCAUCAGCGCGUUCACGGCCUCGAGGCCCAGGCACGGGACCAAGGGGAUAAACUACGGACUGUGGAUAGGAACUACAAGUCUUACAAGGAGGAGGUCCAGACGUUGGAGGGUAAGAUGUUAGAGACCAGGGACCUUAUGGCUCAUCCCAGCCAUUCCGCCACGCUCAGACAGCAAGUGGACAACAUGCAGGAUGCUAUAGCGUUCGAACAGAAAAUUGAGAGCCAGCUGAAGAAAUGUGAGUCCCAGCUGGAGGGGGUGAGGAAACGUCAGUCAGAGUUAUCUGCCAUGGACCCAGAAAUUCUCUCCCCUUACGAGCUUGAGUCACUCCAGUCCAACUUUAUGGACUUACAGAGAAAGGUGAUGGACAAGAAGGCAACACUACAGGAGUCUGUGUCUGUCCAGGAGCAGUAUGAGAAACUCCUUGCCGACUAUGCCGACUUCCUUGACACUGCUGAUGACAAGCUCAAGACAGAUCAGAUCUCGGCACGAGACCUUGACCACCUUAAGGAGCAGCUGGCAACUCACAAGGACUUCUUCUGUGACCUUGAGGUGCACCGCGCCAUGCUGGACUCUCUGGUUGCCCAGUGUGACAAGGCCACAAAGCAGAAGCACCUGCCCCAGCACACGAGGCUCAGUAACCUGACAUACGUGCUCCAGGACAAGGCCAGCCUGCACGGGCAAAGGCUUGACCGUCUUGUGCGACAGUGGGGUGAGUUAGAUGAACGUUUUAAUCAACUCCAACGAUUUCUUGCGGAGAUGGAGGGACAAAUUCCAAAACCAAUUGCCAAUGAGGAUACUGUGCAGACUAUACAGAAUAAGAUAACUACCUACCAGAGGCUGCAGCGGGAAUUGACAGAAGAGAAGCCAAUUGUGUUUGAGGUUGUCGAUAAGGGUAAACAACUCCUGCACAGCAUCAACUGCCCUGGCCUCGAGAUGUUGGUCACUGAUAUGGCAGAAAAAUGGGUGGACCUCAACACAGAACUGUCACAUGAACUUAAGAGGUCCCAGUCGCUAGGCGACCAGUUGCAAGUGUUUGAGGCAGAGGCAGCUAUCUUGAAAUCCUGGCUGUCAGCAGCAAGGUCCAAACUGAACAGCAUUAAACAACUCUCUUCCUCCGACAUGAAGAGUAUUGCAGUUGUCAGGGGAAAGAUUGACAAAAUAUUGGAAUUCCGUAAGGAUGUUGAAAAUCAGCUGCCAUUAAAAGAAAAGGUACACUCCAUUGGUAACCAACUGCUAGGUAGCCAAGUUUACCAAACAGCCGACCUUCAGGACAGACUCCGUUACCUCGAACAUGAGUGGGGUCACCUAGAACAUGACAUCAAUAAGUCAGAGGAGUACAUGCAUCAGGCGCAGAUGGACCUGAUGCCGUCCCGACAAGCCCUCGGCGAGCUCAAUGCCUGGCUGACCGAGAUCGAGGAGACGCUUGCAGAGGAGAGAAACAAGCCUCUAAAGAACCUGGCUGAUAUGGAGGUGCUGCUGAAGAAAUACAAGUCCUACAAGAUUGACCUCUCAAGCAAACAGCUAACAGUUGACUUUGUGAACCAAGAUGUUCUCCAACCAAAGGACGAACAGGACGGUCCUCCGCCUGCAGAAAGGAACGAGUUCUCUGAACGUCUUGGGGUGCUUAACAACCGUUGGCAAGAAGUGAGCAAGCAUGUUUCUGAUAGGCUGAAGUCUCUGGAGGCAAUACACAACAAGUGGGAGGAGUUUGAGAAAUCUGUGUCCCGAUUGGUUGACUGGUUCCAUGAGCAGGAGGAUAAACUAAAGAAGUACAGACUGGUUGGACAUGAAGUCAGUGUGAGACAGACGCUCAAGGACAUCAAGGCUCUCCAGAACACAUUACGUCUGAAGGAGGGUGACAUGGGUGGUGUACGGGAGCUAGGUGACCUGCUUAUCCGUCUGAGCGAAGACUCACCCCAGGUUCGUGCCUGUAUACAAACAAACAUGACCAGCCUGGAACAAGAGAAGAGGAAACUGGACUCCAAUGUCCUACAGGUCCAUAAGUUGCUAGAAGACAUCCUAGCCCAGUGGGACAGCCACCACAGUGAGCUCCAGGCGCUAUCACAGGUACUCUCGGAGACUGAGUACUGUCUACAAAGGUACUCACUCGUCGGGGGAGACAUUGCCACUCUCAAAAUACAAGUGGAAAAGCUGCAGACACUGAAGGGUGAGAUGGAGCGCAGUUCUCCAAGGUAUGGCAAGUACAUGAAGCUUGCAACUAGACUGUCCCAGGUGUGCGAACCAACCACACGACAGGAAAUCAAGAAGACCCAGUCAGACAUCCAACAGCGAUGGCAGUAUGCCUCUGCCGAGCUUCAGUCACGGGCAGAGAACUUCCGUGAGUGUCUCUCUCUCUGGAACAAGUAUGAGGAGGAAUAUAAUGGGGCGAAAACUUGGCUCGAUGCCAAAGAGAAACUGUGUGAGGAGUUGCUGUAUGGAAAAGAGCCUCGUACAAGACGGGAUGCCAAUCUCAAAAACUGCCAGGCUCUACAGAGGGACUUGGACCAGUUUCAGUCACAGCUGGCUGACCUGUACCAAGUAGGGGAAGCUGUAACAAAGAACAUGGACCCGACCUCCAUAGUGUCAAUCACAUCCAAACUCUCUGGCCUCGAACACAGACUGCUUACACUCAGACAGAAGCUUGGCAAGCAUGUCCAGAGUCUCCAGGGGGAUCUCUCCCAGCAGCGAAGGUUCCAGGAGGCAUUUGAGAAUGUGCAGGCCUUUGUGUCGCAGGCUCAGAGGAUUCUGGGAAUGGAGGACCCUAAUCGCUCAGCAGAUUCAAAAGCUCUUAGUGACAGGCUUGAUCAUUUGAAGGAGCUUUGUUCUCAGUUUAAUGACAAUUUAGCUCAUCUGGAUGCACUUAAUGACAUAGGGUACAGACUCGCACUCAAUGAGACGUCUUCUGCUGACCUUCAAGAUCUGAACCACAAGUGGCAUGACCUGUUCUCAGAAACGAAGGAGCGGUGUAAGAGCCUUCAGGGCAUGUUGCUUGUGCAGCAGGACUUCACGUCCAAGUGUGACACAUGGAUGACCUUCCUGGCCCAGACAGAGGCUGACCUCUCUACAGAGAUAGCUGGCAACCUCAUUGACCUGCUUGCCCAGCAGAAGAAAUGUGAGAAGUUUGAAUCUGAGAUGUACAGCAGACAGCAGAUCCUACAUGCCAUCAUCAGUGAUGGACAAACGAUGAUGAAUGAGGGGGAUGUAGAGAACAAGGACCAGUUUCAGCAAAAGCUCAUUCUAUUGGCCGACCAGUGGCAGAGUGUGUUGAGGAGAGCCAAUCAGAGGAAGGCUAUCAUAGACUCAACCAUCAAGCAAUGGCAGAGCUUCAAUGAGCAGUCAGAGAAGUUGAGAGAGUGGCUGCAGGAGAAGGAGGAGGCUCUACAGGUGUUCACGUUUGACACUGCAUCACUCCAGAAUAUUAAAAAUCUAGUCGAGAAAGCAAAGAGCAUGCAGUCUGAGUUCAAACUUCAAGAGGACACAUUCAAGGCUAUGACAAGCCAAGGGAAGCAACUGGAGCAUCGUGCUGACUCUAAGGCUGCAGAGGAGGUUCGUGUCUCCAUGGCGCAGGUAACACAGCACUGGCACCAGACUUUUGUCCGACUAGACGGGGAGCGGGAGAAGCUGGAGGGCGUGUUGAGACAGUGGCGGGAAUGCGAGGACGAUAUUGAGGAGAUCCUCACAUGGCUCAAGGACACCAGAAAGUCCCUAGCAGGAAACCUACCCCAUGCCUAUGAGGAUCUGCAGGCUGACAUGCACAAAUGCAAGGAUAUUGAAUCAGCCUUUACAAACGCAGAACCAAAACGCCAGUCUCUUCUUGCCAAUGAGAAAGCUCUGUCCAAAACCAUUGAACCAGAGGACCUGAACGUCCUUCACCAGCGAAUACGCCUGCUUAACAAGCAAUGGGACGAGCUACGCAGCCAGGCAAGCAUCCGUGCCCAGCGUAUCGAUGACACAAUGUUCAGAUGGUCGAACUUCAGCAUGCGGUUCAAGGACUUGUGUGACUGGAUGGACAAGAUGGAAGUGAAGGUCAUCUCCAGCAAGGACUUCCAUAUUGAAGACCUGCUCAAUCGCAUGGAAAAGGACUUCAAGAAUGAGUUAACAGACAAGGAGAAGACAAAGACAGAGCUGGUGAAGCAAGGUCAGUCCCUGAUGAAGAUCAGCAACGAGGUACGAGCCUCCGACAUCGAGCAGAAGAUACAGAGACUAGAAGACAAGUGGGAACACCUUAAGGCUGUCAUCGCAUUCAGGCAAAGGAAGCUGCAGGAGACGUUACUGGCCGUCCAACAGCUGGACGUCAGCAUGUCCAACCUGCGUAAGUGGCUUGCUGGCAUCGAGGAUGAGUUGACUGCCCCUGUCAUUUAUGCCGAGUGUGAGCGCAAGGAAAUACAGCGCAAACUCCAGCACCAAAGUGAGUUGCAGCAUGACAUUGAACGGCACAGCCCGGGCGUGGGAUCUGUACUGAACCUGUGUGAGGUUCUACUGCAUGACUCAGAUGCCUGCCCCUCCGACAUCGAGUUUAAUGGCCUUCAGACUGCCAUGAAGAAUCUAGAAAGAAGGUGGCGUAACAUCUGUCAGCUGGCUCCAGAGAUGAGGGCAAGAAUUGAGGAGACUUGGCAGCUAUGGCAGACACUGAUGGAUGACUGCAGAGUGUUCUCUGAUUGGCUAAAAGUCAUGGAGGCUGAGAUCAGGGAGGUCACAGCCGACCAAUUAAAUGUCAGCACCUCCAGUGAAGAGUAUUCAAGAUGCGAGUCUGUUCAGCGUAAGGUCCAUGAGAACCUAAGCAAACUGGAAAACAUCAACCGUCAGUACCGGCGCCUGGCUCGGGAGGGCCGCACAGACACGGAUGGUACCCUUAAGACCAUGAUGCAGGAAGCCAAUGAUCGGUGGGACAAGCUGCAGGCACAAAUGUCUGCAAACCUUCGUGACCUCAAACAUUCAAACAGCAUUCGGGAAGACUUCAAACGUACCAAAGAUGCCUUACUUAGUUGGUUAACAGAAAUCGAUAUGCAAUUGACUAAUAUUGAACAUUUGUCUUCGAUGAAUACAAAAGCUAAAAUCAGGGAAAUGCAAAGAAUUCAGGAAGAAAUUGACUCUAGAGCAAGGAAGUUUGAUUUCCUAGAUGAAGCAGCAUUGUUUUUAAUACAAAAGGGAGACAGUACAGAUGCCAUUACUACGCAGGCGGAAAUUGACUCAUUCCGCACUUACCAUCGACAGGUGCUUGACAGGGUUGCCAUAGCGAAUGCAAAAUUGUCUGCAAUGCAGACUGAAGAGAGAAUGAGACUAGAUGAUGUAGAACUAGAUAGACUGGAGCGGGAGUUAUAUGCCCUUGCCCCUGACGAGCCCCUGUCCCUUGACUGGGACAUGAAAGAGAUAGAGGCAUACUUAGAAUCAUCCCCACCAGAGAGUCCUCCAGAGAAACGUCGCGCCUUGCUAAAGAAACUACGGGAACGCUCAAGGUCAAGGUCACAGUCACCGCAGAAACUGCCAUCAGUCAAGACAGCACGCCAGUCACCCAUUCUGGGCUCCCCCAGGAGAUUUGAGCGUAGGUCUGAGGCACCCGUUACCUCAACUCCACGUGGCGCUCCAAGGCCCAGCUCUCCCACAAGGUCAAGGUCACCCACAAGGUCAUUAAGGGCAAAGUCACCCAGGCGUGUGGCUAGAGAUUAUGUGGAUGCUAGAGAGCCAUCACCAUCGAGACAGGAGCGUUUCAACGAGAUGAAGAGUGAGUUACGUGAGCGAGGCUCAAAGGAGGCCCAGGUGGAACAGAUCCUUGAGAAGCUUGCAGAUGCCCUUGAAGAUGCCACAGAGAAGCUUGAUGCUGCUGAACAUGCCCUGCAUAACCUGAAGACAGGCCCGGGGGUUGAGAGGAAAUCUGCAGCUUAUGUUCGUGUGCUGAAUGAAGCAGAGAAGAGUGUGGAGGAUGUUCGGAGAAUACAGCGCCUCCUGAAGGCCGAGACCGGGCUACAGAACAUUGCCAGUGCUGACAACCAAGUCAGAGGUGUGGUAUCAAGGUGGGAAAUGGUUCAGGCUGGUGCCAUACAGAAGGACUACCGCCUGUCCCAGCAGCGUAAAGACUGGACCCAGUUCCACACAGACCUUGACAACAUGGCCGCCUGGCUGGAUGAGGCUGAGGCUCUCCAACAUUCCCAUAAACCCCUGCCAGGGGAGAUCACCCGUCUAGACACAAUCAUCAGGCAACACAAGGAAUUAUUCAAAGAGGACUUCCUCCUACAACUAGAAGCCAAGAAGACUCGCGUAAUCUCUAUCAACCUGACAAGCCGGGAACUUGUCGACAUCACCUCCCCAGAGGGUCGUGACCUCCGAGAUCGCCUCAAGCUGAUGAACAAACGCUGGGAUUCAGUUUGUGCGCAUGCCACACGCCUGCAGACUGAGCUUCAGACGGCCUUGAUGCAGUGUGAGGAGUUCCAUCAUACAAUACACGACCUGCUGCUUUGGCUGGAGGGGAUUGAAACACGCAUACAGCAGUGUGAACCAAUCAACCUUGGCAACGAUGAGGCAGCACUCUGGACUCGCCUUAGAAAACUACAGGAUAUUAGGUUUGACCUUGAGAAGAACCAGCCUCGUGUGAUGUCACUGCGGGAUACGGCGGACCAGCUCCUUCUCAACUCUGAGUCUCCGGAGAUGUCUCAGGCCAAGGAUAAGAUGCACAUCAUUGCCAACCGCCUCAAGGCCCUGCAUCGUCUGUGUUCAUCAUACAUCACUAGUCUGGAACAACGACUUAAUACUAAGUCUAAUGUACGCAGUCCAGAUCGCAGCUUUGAUUUGACUGGUUCUCCCAUGUCAUCUGGUGCCAGCAGUCCCCGGGACGCGUUACGAACAUCCACCCCCACACGCCCUUUCAGGCCUCAUUUCCGUCCUAUCACUGCCAACACAUCAGCAUCUCGUUCUAGAACUAGGUCACCAUUCGCUCUCUCUAGACAGCUAUUUCAAGGAUUACGACGUAAUAUUUCUGGAAUUUUCCAGCCACUUAUAAUUGGUCCAGCAAUCGAGACGUCAGAAACCUUAACAAGACCUCAUGACCUUGACCUUAGGGAUGAUGAGAGUGAGGAUGAGGCUGUGGUUGCCGGGUGUUGCCGGGGAUUCCUGAGAAGAGUGCUCUGUUGGGCAAUACCUCUCCAGCUGCUCUUGUUACUUUUAUUAGCAAUAGUGUGUUUAGUGCCAAUCACUGAGGAUGACUAUAGUUGUACGCUAGCAAACAAUUUUAAACGUUCCCUGAAUCCAAUGUUGCAAUACACAGAUGGACCACCCCCUGUCUAACAUUUUCCUGGAUCAAUUUGAUAAUCUAUCAGUAUUUCUUCAUCAAUCAAACUAUUGCUGUAUUCUAUCUUGCAAAUAAUGUCUACAGCAUUCGAUAAAUGCUACCAUCUUGCUUGGACUAUUGCACAACUGAACAUGAUUAUAAAUAUCCCUCUGUGGGCUGCAACUGAAAAGAUGAUUGUUUGGAAAGCUCAAUCAUAGAGUGAUUAUAAGGGAAUGGUUGUUUUUAGUAUCAUUUACUAUCAUACCAAAUAUGAUAUAUAAAUGUAGAUAGGCUCAUAGAUGUAGAUCGAAUUUCAUUGCUGUUCAUGGAAACUGUUAAAGAAAUGUUGCUGAUUUUGUGGUUGUUUGAAUGUGUUAUGGGACCAUUCUUGGGUUAUUUGUUUCAAUAAGGGUGUGUAUUUAGUCAGUAUUUAAAGAUGCUUUUUUUGGUUUUUUAUUUCAACAGAAUGAUAUGCUAGAAGUAGUCAACUUUAUAAUGUACAAACUGUAAAUAUGUAACUGAUGUAUAUAUUUGUGUAUAUGGGUGUCUAAGAUGUGCCCCAAACCAGAGACCAUUAUUAUUUAAAACAUUGGCAUAACUUGCUUUUAAUUACUGCACCUUUGUAUAUUUUUAGUUCAAUUUUAUGUCCUACCCAUUUAAUGUUUUGUAUGUUUCCAUAGCAACAUAGUUGCUAAGGGCACUGCUGUUUGACUAGUUCAUUUCCAUGGCAACUGGUUUAAUCGACUGUGAUAUUGUUACCGAGACGUUGUCUCAUAGCUGUGAUUUAUUUAAUUGAUAUUUAAUUGUUGUUCUGUAUCUCUGGUGUAUCUUGUUAUGUUGUGAGAGUUUUCUCAGGUCUAGAUAUAAUGUGGAUACAUUUUAAUAUUCUUGCACAAUUUUUGCUUUAUAUUCAUAGUGAUAGGGCCAGUUACUUUGAAAUAUAAAGCAUUGUUGAUGUUCUUUCUUUAUCUCAAUGUUCAAAAGUCAGUAAACGUGUAAACAUGUAUAAAAUAUUUUAUACAAAUUUUGUUACAGAUAUAUUUUAUAAGAUUACUUUGUCAAUAAACAUUUUAUACAUUGCCUGCAAGCUUUUAAGAAUGUUAAUUCCAAUUUAAUUUUGUUAAAUUUAACAUAAGAUUUUAUGAUAUUAAUGACUUUGUUUAAACUAUUGCUUUUUUAGUUACCAUGUCUUGUAGGUGAAUGAAUGUUUUGAUAUGUUUGAGAUUAUGUUAUAAUAUUGUUUUAGAAUAGACUUUCUGCCAUUAGGAAUACAUUUUACUUCUAGAAAUGCUUAUUUUGAUACAUGUAAGUCAACAAUAAAGGAUAUUUAUAUA